CUUAAAAAGGACAGAAGCGGAAGUAAAGGGCGUUUUGUAGUAAAUUAUCACCCAUACAUAAUAAAUGAGCUUCGACAAUGCCGAAGCUGGCAUCACUAUUUCUCAACACAGGCACUAAGCCAAAAGAGGAAGAAUAUGUGUGUUCUAACAAUGUAUAUCUUCUGUUCGCCCUCGCAAUCAUGGUGGCGUUACUCCACCACAUUAUUGAAAGCUCAUAUCCACCACUGGAACUUUGCGACUAUUGAAAAUACAUAUCUGCCAUUGGAAUCCAACAAGAGACACUGAUUCGUUUCAGCCUAAACGCAUUGGGGCCCAAUGGCAAAUCUACUAGGGUCGCACUCCAGCCCACCACCAACGUUGCGCAACCCCUCCUACAGGGAGAUAGUGAUAAAUAGUGCGAAUUUCUGGCGCUGAAAGCCGAGCGUCAUUGCUAUGCCAGAAUCUUCAUCUGAUAUUGCGUUUCGAAAAGGUGAAAGAGUUAUUUAUUCGUCCACCAACAAGUGAACCAUAUGUUCCAACUUGCACCACGCCGUCAACAAUCGAGAUCCCAGGCCGGUUCUGCUCGCUGGGUUCUAUCGAGGAAUCGGGACACUGGUGAUUCAACUACAUGAACGUGCGAGUUCAUCGGGCAACUGAACAGGCUGGUUUGCGAACCACUUGGGAUGCUAGGGUUUGCAAAGAAGAAAAGCUGUUUACAUGCUAUUGGCUUUAAGCAAAGCGAAUACUACUUUUGCUUUCGUGAAAUUUGCAAAAAGAAACAAGAGUGUCGACAUCACCAGGCAUGUCAAGAGACUCUGGCGCUAAUUGUUCCUGAGAGGACAACUCACGCUCUCGACGAUAUAAUAUGUAUAACCCGUUAAAGAUGGAAUUUGUGCCAUGUCCUUCCUUUGGAUAUCCUCAUCAAGCUGGACUUGACUCUCCUUCUUCAUUCUAUGUUUCAGCCAAUACUUUCCUUAAUAUAUUUAACUCUUUGUUCGUCGAACUAGAUAUUUUGAACCAUGGCUGUCCGCAAUAUCCCUCCCGAAACAGUUAUUAUCGGCAUUGAUUUGGGUUUAACUCAUACAGGAGUCGCAUUUUCGUCUAUAGACAUGGAGGCUCCACUUGACGUGGAUAGAUGGCCAGGACAGAAGGAGGUAGCGAAGAAAGUGCCCACGAAACUCUGGUAUCGUGCAGGCUGCAAGACACCCAUAUCAUGGGGAUUCGACGAACCUGAUGAGCUACAUCCUGGAAUGGAUGUGGUGGAUUGCUUUAAAUUAUACCUUGACCCUGGUUUCCAGCCUGGUGGCUCCGAGAACAGCGCUGAGGUGUUCUGGACACAUGAGGAUGUUCAAACAUGGUUUAUCGAUUUUUUGACCGCCCUUCGACAACACAUUAUCCAGUAUAUAAGACAUACAGACCAAUUAGCUGACCAGGUGGUGGGCGAAUGGAAAUUCCACCCAGUGGAAUAUAUUUUUAGUUUCCCGACAACCUGGCAAAACCCAAAGGUGGUUGAUGCCUUUCGCAGAAUUGUGAGGAGUUCGGGUUUUGGAGACUGUGAAGCCCACUCAGUGGAAAUUAAGUUGACCGAAGCUGCGGCGGCCGCAGUUUACUCAGCAAAAAACUUUAAAAAUCAGCGGGCAGUCCAAAGCCACAAAGGAAGGAGGCAGCUAGCAGUUGGAAAAGCGGAGCGCGUUCGAGAUGGCAACGUUAUUCUUAUUUGUGAUGCUGGAGGAGGAACAACGGAUGUAUCCGUCCUUAAAGUUUUAUCAACUGAAAAAUUUGAAAUCCGAGGCCAGGUUGAAGAGGUACUUCAGUUGGAGCAACUCGACUACGUUAAUGGACGAGCACUUGGUUCUGUGCAGAUUGACCAGGCUUUCCAAAGGGAAAUCGAAACCCGUUUGAAAAAGAUCGAUUACAAAAGUGGCGACAGCCGUUGGUCUCCGAAAUCUGCCGCACGAAGUUUGACAAAAGGCGAUUUUCAGACUAUCAAGCAUAACUAUGGGUACCAAAUAGUCGCAUCCUUAGACACAAAUGCCCCCCGCGUCCCCGGACUCCCAAAAUCCUAUGACAACCCAGAAGCAGGCUUCAAGAACGGAAGGAUAAUAUUGACGGACUCUGAUAUCCGCUGGUUGUUUGACGAACAAAUCCAACGGAUCUUUGGGAUGAUUGAUGAGCAGCUUGAACGUAUAGAAGAUAUCACACCCCCAGUGGAAGUGACGCAUGUUGUCCUUUCCGGAGGGCUCGGCUCCUCUCCCUACGUUCAAGAUUGCUUUAAAAUAAACUAUGGCUACGGAAAGGCAGCCAAACAGAUUUUGAUUUCAGAGGAUCCUCAACUAGCGGUCUGCCGCGGUCUUGUAAUCGACCGAAUUCAUCGUUUGAGACAUGGACACUCUGUCCUAUCUACUCGCUGUAGUUCAAUCUCCUACGGUAUAGUGGUCAACAAUAGAGUUCGUGGGAGCCAAACCCCCCCCGGCUUCAAUGGCAAUGUGGAAAUAAGCCCAUAUAACGGGAAGCGAUAUAUCGUCAACCAAAUCCAAUGGCUUAUCGAACGCGAUCAGAUUAUCCAGCACCAAGAUAUACGGCGUAAAUUCGAUCGUGUUUUUGAAGCGACUAAUUCUGGGAUCGCCUGGAAAACUUUGAUCGCCAUGUCGAGGUCACCUGCUAAGCGCCUCCCACAAACCAUCAACCAAGGAGAUGCCGACGUGAAAUGUACAAUUGAGUCAUAUGUGGACAGGGAAUUCCUACGACAGCACGCCCAACCUGUUAAGCAGAGACGGUGGAGUUCGAGCCGAAAACCAGAACUUCAGAAAAUACAGUAUGAAGUGCGUUUAUGCAUCGCGUCAUCAUACGUGACGUUCGAAGUCUGGUUGGGGGAUCGAGUGGUCGGGAAGAGUGAGGAGAUUCACAUCGCUUGGCAGUAUACGAGUGAGGACGAGAGUGACCGGCAGGUGACGCCAACUGAAUAUCCGGUGGAUUGGUCAAAUUAUGGACGUGCAAAGGUGGCUAAAGGUAGCCCUUGGCCCAUAUUUCUUCGUUGAAUAAUUGGGGCUGGCUACAUUUUAUCGUUUGUAAUAGUGUGGAUCUUCAAUUCAUAAAUUGACUGUCAUUUAUUUACGAGGAUAGCAGGCACCUACAUAGUAAUUGAGCAUGGUUAGAAACUCAACCCUGAUCAUGACUAUUAGUAGAAUCAAGGCCCUCAUAUCAACGUCAUCUAACUGACUAUAUUUGAAUAUUAGAAGAGUUUUUCAGUUGAUCAUUCUAUAGAGUCGCUACUCUAUACUCCGUAAUGAGAUUGACAUGACAAGAUUUUCCUUUUCUAACUCCCCCUUUCUCAUCUCUUUUUCAACCACCUACAUUCAGCUACUACGUACGGGAUACGCGGUACACCCCGGACGAUAACCACUCGUGGGUUUCUGGUCACUACGUAUAAAUACCCAGAAGCUCAAAAUGUCUUUUCUUGCUCCUCUCUUUUCUAUAGAACGGAUAAACAGAAACACAGAACGUGCACAAAUUAAAUAUCUCCACAUCCCCAGUGUCCGGAUGAGAAGACAGCAGAACUGGGAAUUCUCAUCAUAGUUUCUAACAUCUAAAUAUGCCACGUCAGAGCCUGCCUCAAAUAGGCUAGAAAGGGCAUACGUGCCACAAACUGAGGGAAAGGAUGCAUGCCGACCUGAUACUUUCGGUGCUGCUAAGGCCUUGAUUACCUUUGCCCAAGCGGAAACAUUGUGUUGCGCCGCGCUUUUGGCAGUUUC